GCGCGGGCCAUGGAUCGCCUGGCUGCGCUGCGGGGCGCGAGGCUGCGGUGGGCGCUGCUGGGUACGCGGGUGGCCCUCCCUGGCCUCUGCCCGCACGGGGCCAGAGCCAAGGCCGCGAUCCCCGCCGCCGUCCGGGUUACCGCCGAGACUCCUGGAAACGGGCCUGGCGACCGGAGACUGCGGACCCUGGAGGAGCUUCCAGGGCCCGGGCAACUGCGCUUCUUCUUCCAGCUGUUAGUGCAAGGCUACGUUCUGCAGUUACACAAGCUCCAGGUGCUGAACAAGGCCAAGUAUGGUCCAAUGUGGGUGACCCGCAUAGGGCCUCAGAGCCUGGUGAACCUGGCCAGUGCCCCCCUCCUGGAGCAAGUGAUGCGGCAAGAGGGCAAGUACCCAGUACGGCACGACAUGGAACUAUGGAAGGAGCACCGGCACCAGCAGGGCCUGGCCUAUGGGCCCUUCACCACGGAAGGACUGCAGUGGUACCAGCUGCGUCACACUCUGAAUCAGCGGAUGCUGAAGCCAGGGGAGGCUGCGCUCUACACCGAUGUCGUGAAUGAGGUGAUCGACGACUUCAUGGCCCAUCUGAACCGGCUGUUGGCAGAGAGUGCCUCAGGGGACCAGGUGUUGGACAUGGCUCACCAUUUCUACUACUUCGCUUUGGAAGCUAUUUGCUACAUCCUGUUUGAGAAACGUAUCGGCUGCCUGGAGCGCCCCAUCCCCCAGGACACGGUGGCCUUCGUCACAUCUGUCGGGCUCAUGUUCCAGAACUCAGUCUAUGUCACCUUCCUCCCCAAGUGGACCCGUUCCCUGCUGCCUUUCUGGAAGCGCUAUCUGGAUGGCUGGAACACCAUCUUCUCUUUUGGGAAGAAGCUGAUUGAUCAGAAACUCAAGGAAAUCGAGAUCCAGCUGCAGACCAAGGGGCCAGAUGAAGUCCAGAUAUCUGGCUACCUGCACUUCCUGCUGACCAGAGGACAGCUCAGUACUCACGAGGCCAUGGGCAGCCUGCCUGAGCUGCUCCUGGCGGGCGUAGAUACGACAUCCAACACGAUGACGUGGGCCCUGUACCAUCUUUCAAAGAACCCAGAGAUCCAGGCUGACUUGCAUAAGGAGGUGGUGGGUGUGGUACCAGCCGGGCAGGUGCCCCAGCACAAGGACUUUGCCCACAUGCCCCUGCUCAAAGCCGUGCUUAAGGAGACCCUGCGCCUCUACCCUGUGGUCCCCAUGAACUCCCGGGUCGUCACAGAAAAGGAAAUCGAAGUCAAUGGCUUCCUCUUCCCCAAGAACACCCAGUUUGUCUUCUGUCACUAUGUGGUGUCCCGUGACCCUGACAUCUUCCCCGAGCCAGAGAGCUUCCAGCCUUACCGCUGGCUGAGGAAGAGCCAGCCUGCUGCCCCUGGGGUCCAGCAUCCAUUUGGCUCUGUGCCCUUUGGCUAUGGGGUCCGGGCUUGCCUGGGCCGCAGGAUUGCGGAGCUGGAGAUGCAGCUGCUGCUGUCAAGGCUGAUCCAGCAGUACGAGGUGGUCCUGGCCCCCGAGACCGGGGAGGUGAGGAGCAUGGCCCGCAUUGUCCUGGUUCCCAAUAAGAAGGUGAGCCUGCAUUUCCGGCAGAGGAAGUGCUGAGCUGGGCCCGUGCCUCCUGGGAGGAGCCCCCUUCUCUCUCCCUGGUGCACUCAUUCCUAGCCACUGCUGUGUCUCAGACCAGAAGGGGGAGAAGGUGGCUGCCAGACACCGGAGAUCGAAGAAACUCAGUGCACUUUCUGUAGAACCCUGAGCUUUUGCCACUUUGAUCACUUUGAAUGUCUCCUUCUCAGAUAAAAGGCCACCCCCAUGUCACAUUGCUCUCCUUGGAGAAAAUACAGAAUAAAGGGACUUCUAUUGAUAAUUGGAGACCUUUGUCAUUCUCUUUGAUGACCCAGCAUCUGAGCCCCUUGCUGUGUUUGGGGAACAGCCUCUCCCCACUUAGGGAUCUUGUGGGACACAGAGCCCUCUCCCUCCGUGGAAAG